CGCUAUAACGCAGGGCACGGGCGGCUGGCACUGUCGCGCGGAGCGUGUGCGUGCGGUGGUGUGUCUGCCUGUGUGCGCGUUUGUGUGUGCGUGUGUGCGCGUGUGCGCAGACUGUAACGUGCGCGCGCGCGUGCAUCGCUAGCUACGUGCUGGUGUGUGUCCGGAGCUCCAGUGACGGCAGCGUGGCCUCCGCUCCGCGCGCCUGACCGACCCCGGGAGGGUGGGAAACGUUUGAGCAGCACCGCGUCCGCGCGCAGACCCCCGUUCCUUUGCUGGAUAAGCAGCCCAUCGCGAGACGGACGUGCGGGAGCGUGCUCGGCUGAGCCAAGCGAGAAGCAGAAGAAGCAGAAGAUGAUGAUGCUGCAACGGCACUUGCUGCUCGUGCUCUACAGCAUCUGCGGGACUGUCAUUAAAGUUUCAGAGGCGGCGACAAAAAACAAAGCAAAAGGCAGCCAGGGGCAGUUUCCCAUCACCCAGAAUGUGACGGUAGUGGAGGGCAGCACGGCCAACAUGACCUGCCGUGUGGAUUACAAUGAUAACACCUCCCUCCAGUGGUCAAACCCUGCACAGCAGACGCUCUUCUUCGGGGACAAGAAAGCACUGAGGGAUAACCGGAUCGAGCUGGUCCGAGCUUCGUGGAAGGAGUUGACCAUCAGCAUCAGUGAAGUGACUCUGUCAGAUGAGGGACAGUAUACGUGUUCACUCUUCACCAUGCCCGUCAAGACCUCCAAGGCCUUCCUCACAGUGCUGGGAGUACCAGAGAAGCCAGAAAUUAUUGGCUUCUCGAGACCUGCUGUGGAAGGUGAGGAUGUCACACUUACAUGCAUAACGACUGGGAGCAAACCAGCUGCUGAUAUCCGAUGGUUCAGGAAUGACAAGGAGGUGCAAGGUGUGAAGGAGGUGAACGCCACUGGGAGGUCAUUCACAGUGAGGAGCGCUGUGCACCUCCGGGUGGACAGGAAGGACGACGGAGCGGCGUACACCUGCAGCGUGGAGCACGUAGCUCUGAACUCAACUCCUCACCAAGUCACAGAGGUGCUGGAGGUCCACUACGCUCCUAAGGUAGAGAUUGUACACUCUUUAAUAGUGCCACAGGAAGGACAGUACUUCAAACUGGAGUGUGUAUCCAAAGGCAACCCCUUGCCUGAACCAGUGGUAUGGACAAAAGACGGUGGGGAGCUUCCUGACGUUGAGCGAAUGAUCGUGGAGGGCAGAGAAUUAAUCAUCACAACACUCAAUAAAACAGACAAUGGCACGUAUCGCUGCGAGGCCAGCAACCACCUUGGGACCAACAGCGACGAAUAUGUGCUGUUUGUAUACGCCAAAGACUUACCAGGUACCACAGAUCCCAACGCGCUGACUCAGCAAGGCCCCGACCACGCGCUGAUCGGCGGAGUGGUGGCUGUGGUGGUCUUCAUCACCCUGUGCUUCAUCAUCGUCCUGGGCCGCUAUCUGGCCAGACAUAAAGGGACAUACUUAACCAAUGAGGCCAAAGGAGCAGAGGACGCCCCUGACGCAGACACUGCCAUCAUCAAUGCGGAGGGGAACCACGCACAUGCAGAGGAAAAGAAAGAAUAUUACCAGGGAGCGGCAAGAAAUGUGGUUCAUCUCAAGUCGGAAAACCUUGGCUUUGCCAAUAAUUACGCUUUAAGGGAAGAAUAUGUGCGAUGCAUAAUGUGAAUAUUUAUUGUUUGUCAAUUAUUUUAUUUCUUUCUUUGAUUUUAUUAUUUUUAUUUUUUUCAAUGAUCCAUUGUGAAAGUGGUUGUUCUCUGAAGUGUACUCCAUAACAAGAAUGUUGUAUAAAGACAAAAGAACGGACAUGGAUAUUUAUGUAAUAUACCAUAUAGAUACCAAAAAAAAAUAAUAAUAAAAAAAUUGACAAUAUACAAUAUAAAAAAAAAGUGGAGAAAAACAAUUGAAAGCACAAUUGACGAUUGUUCCUGACCUAAUGGAACUCACAUACACUGGUUAUUACUGUUCAUAUCUGUCUGUAUAGUCUUGCACUGUUUAUAUCUGGCCCUGAUUCUUUUCUUUUUAAUGUCUAAAGAUGUUGUUUAGAACAUAUAAGCACAAAGUCAUUGUUAAAUGUCAUUGGCUUAGACAGUCUCAGGAUGAAAAAAAAAUGGAGCCUAAUUGUUUUUGAUUUUGGAUUCAUUUUAAUUCAUUUUAAUUAAUGAACGAAGUGGUUUCCUCCAUCUGUACUGUUGGACCAUCUGAACUGGACAUUCGUUCAACAUGUGAAGAUUAAGAUGGGCUCAUUUCCACACUGCAGUUCCAUUACUCAGUAUUUAUUUUACUGAUUGUCCCCUCGCUAAUAUUGCUGUAAAUUACUUUGCUGAAGUGAUUAUUGGUGGAAAAUAUUGUUAAAAUAUGGGAUUCCAUAUAUGAACAUUUGUAUAUUAGUCAAUAUAGAGCAGGCCUUCUGGACACAGGUUAAGCCUACUCUUGGAUUCGUUAAAUUAUGGGAAAUAAUCAGACUGGGUAAACUGGUUUACUCAAGGACUUAAUCACUUAAUCUGUGUCCUGAAAAUCGUCUCGUAGUAAUUUAAAGUGUUCCAUACUUUUAUAAUUACACUCACAUUCUCAUAAGUAACGAAUAUAAUUCUGUUUUGUCUUUUUUAUUAUUUGUUUUUAGCACAAAGCAUGUAUAUAAUGUGAAUAAUUCAGUAUUUAGUCAUUUGUUUAUUUAAUUGAAUUUGAAACCUUCAUUGUUCUUCUUCUUGUUCUUUUGCGCACAUUUCAUGUUUGUACGUCUCCUUUAGCUUCACAUCACGGCUUAAUACUUUUGGGAAAACUGAUGGACAAAUACAAUGUAUUAUUAUGAUUAUGAUUAUUAUCAGUGUGCUUUUAUAAGCUUGUGAGUAGGAUGAGUUUUUUUUUUCUUUUCUUUUUCAUGAGAAGUUCAGAACAAUCACCAUUAUUGCCUUUGUGUUUGCAACAAAACAUAUAACCCCCGAAGCACUGCUGAAUCGGGCAGUUUUUAAAACAUGUUUCCAAUGUUCAUACUUUACCCCACUAUUUAUAACUUCAGAUAGAGUUUAGACAUUUUGUAAGAACCAUUAAUUUUCAUUUGCUCUUCUUUUUUUUUUUGGCUAUAUGAGAAAAAAGUUUGCUUUUACAGUAUUAAAUAUCCAUUUUCCAGACUAUGCCUCUGUAAGACAAAAAAAAAUGGAAAAGAUCUCAGAGAGUAAAAUAUGCACAAACAUGGAUCUGCUCUCCCUUCUUCACUUAGAAAAAGAUCAGAUGAAUUGAGGAAUGGCUGUAAUUUUACUACAGCUUGAUUGUACUCAUCAUCAUUUGCUGCCACAGCGAGAAUAGUUCGCUCUUGUGCGCUGAGUCAGUUUGGUUUAUUGCUUCCAUCUAGUGGAGAAACAUCUAAUGGCAGUACGCUCUGCACACUACAGAUCAAACAUCUGCACCAGCAAAGGAGCUUUAUUUUGAGUGAUACAAUGAAAAAAAAAUCAUGAUUAUAUAAUGUGAGUGUGAAUGUGAGGUUUGCUUAAUUUUAAAACUCUUUACCAGUUUAAAAGUUCUUCAUACUCUUUUAAGAUCUUUUACAGUAAUAGUUGGAAACUGUUGGUCCAAUAUCAUGAUAAGGGUUAAUGAGGGUCAUUUUCUGAACUUCUUGCUUGACACAGAUUGGAUUUGUGUUCUCAUGUGUUUAUAAAGGAGAAUAAUUUAAUUUGAA